AAAGAGGGAAAAUCCAUGGAAUAUUUGAGGUUUCUGUACGAUGGAAACCGUAUACAACCAGAGGAUACUCCCGCAUCAUUAGAAAUGGAGGACGACGAUCGAAUCGAUGUUAUGUAUGAACAGACAG